UCGAAACUCUUCACUGGACAACAAUGCAGAGAUCGCCCAUUGAAAAAGCCAAUGCCUUCUCGAAACUCUUCUUCAGAUGGCCAAGACCCAUUUUGACAAAAGGCUACAGACAGAAGCUGGAACUGUCAGACAUCUACCAGAUUCCUUCAUCUGACUCUGCAGACGAGCUUUCUGAGAUGUUAGAAAGAGAAUGGGAUAGAGAGUUAGCAACAUCAAAGAAAAAUCCCAAACUUGUCAAUGCACUUCGCCGAUGCUUUUUCUGGAGAUUUUUGUUUUAUGGAAUUCUGCUUUAUUUUGUGGAAUUCACUAAAGCUGUACAGCCUCUCUGUCUUGGACGAAUAAUAGCAUCAUAUAAUGUGAAAAAUACCUAUGAGCGUGAAAUAGCAUACUACCUUGCCUUAGGGCUCUGCCUGCUGUUUGUUGUGAGGACUCUCUUUCUACAUCCUGCUGUCUUUGGUCUCCAGCAUCUGGGAAUGAAGAUGAGAAUAGCACUGUUCAGUUUAAUUUAUAAAAAGAUCUUAAAAAUGUCAAGCAGAGUGCUAGAUAAAAUUGACACUGGACAGCUUGUUAGUCUUCUAUCCAACAAUCUCAACAAAUUUGAUGAGGGCUUAGCAGUUGUUCACUAUGUCUGGAUUGCACCAGUGCAAGUAGUUCUUUUAAUGGGAUUACUCUGGAAUGAACUGACUGAAUUUGCAUUUUGCGGAUUGGGAUUCCUAAUAAUGCUUGCCCUUUUCCAAGCCUGGCUGGGGAAGAAGAUGAUGCACUACAGAGACAAACGUGCAGGAAAAAUAAAUGAACGACUUGCAAUCACCUCUGAAAUUAUUGAUAAUAUCCAGUCAGUGAAGGUGUACUGCUGGGAAGAUGCUAUGGAAAAGAUUAUUGAUAAUAUAAGGCAGGUUGAACUAAAGCUGACCAGAAAAGUUGCCUACUGCAGAUACUUCAGUAGUUCAGCUUUCUUUUUCUCAGGCUUUUUUGUUGUGUUUCUGUCUGUGGUGCCUUAUGCUUUCACUCAUACCAUAAAACUGCGGAGGAUAUUCACCACCAUUUCAUACAACAUUGUCCUUCGUAUGACAGUCACCAGACAGUUUCCAUCUGCUAUACAAACGUGGUAUGAUUCUUUGGGAGCUAUACGUAAAAUACAGGACUUCCUACAUAAAGAUGAACACAAGACUGUGGAAUACAACUUAACAACAAAAGAGGUUGAGAUGAUAAAUGUGACAGCUUCUUGGGAUGAGGGAAUUGGAGAAUUGUUUGAAAAGGUAAAACAGAAUGACUCCGAGCGUAAGAUGGUGAAUGGGGACGAUGGACUGUUUUUCAGUAACUUCUCUCUGCACGUUACACCUGUCUUGAAAAACAUCAGCUUUAAGUUAGAGAAAGGAGAACUGCUGGCAGUGGCUGGAUCCACAGGAUCUGGAAAGAGCUCGCUUUUGAUGAUGAUAAUGGGAGAGUUGGAGCCAUCAGAGGGUAAAAUUAAACACAGUGGCAGAAUCUCCUUCUCACCCCAGGUGCCUUGGAUCAUGCCUGGAACUAUUAAGGAAAACAUCAUAUUUGGACUUUCAUAUGAUGAGUACAGAUAUACCAGUGUUAUCAAUGCAUGCCAGCUUGAAGAGGAUAUCACAGUGUUUCCUAACAAGGAUAAGACUGUUCUAGGAGAUGGAGGGAUUACUCUCAGUGGAGGUCAACGGGCAAGAAUCUCCUUGGCAAGAGCACUAUAUAAAGAUGCUGAUCUGUAUCUACUGGAUUCACCUUUCAGUCAUCUUGAUGUAACUACAGAAAAGGACAUAUUUGAAAGUUGUCUUUGUAAGCUGAUGGUUAACAAAAUUCGAAUCCUGGUGACUUCAAAGUUGGAACACUUGAAGAAGGCAGAUAAAAUUCUGCUCUUGCACGAGGGGCACUGCUAUUUCUACGGGACUUUUUCUGAGCUUCAGGGUGAAAAGCCUGACUUCAGUUCACAGCUGCUGGGUUCUGAGGGUUUCGAUAGCUUUAGCGCUGAAAGAAGAAGCUCAAUUCUCACUGAAACCCUUCGCCGGUGCUCUGUGUCCUCUGGAGAUGGGGCUGGUUUGGGAAGCUUCAACGAAACUCGAAAAGCAUCAUUUAAGCAGCCACCAACAGAAUUCAAUGAGAAAAGAAAAUCAUCACUUAUAAUCAAUCCAAUAACAUCCAACAAAAAAUUUUCCCUCGUACAAACAGCUAUGUCAUACCCUCAGGCGAAUGGUAUAGAAGAUGCUGUCAGUGAGCCAAGUGAAAGGCAUUUUUCUCUCAUUCCAGAAAAUGAACUGGGGGAACCCAUACAGCCCCGGAGUAAUAUAUUCAAAGGUGAGGUUCCAUUUCAGGCACACAGACGACAAUCUGUACUGGCACUCAUGACUAAGUCUUCAGCAUCUCCGAACAAGAUUCAUGCACGACGCAGCACUGUACGCAAAAUGUCUAUGGCUUCUCAAACCAACUAUACUUCUUCUGAGAUAGAUAUUUACUCAAGGCGCUUGUCUGAAGACGGAAGUUUCGAAAUUAGUGAAGAAAUAAAUGAAGAAGAUCUAAAGGAAUGUUUUGUUGAUGAAGAGGAAAUCCGUAAUGUUACCACCACAUGGAGCACUUACCUCAGAUAUGUUACAAUUAAUCGCAGCUUGGUUUUUGUCCUCAUCCUUUGCCUUGUUAUAUUUUUAGCAGAGGUGGCUGCCUCUUUGAUUGGACUUUGGAUAGUCAAUGGAUUAGCAGAAGACAAUGGCUCACAAACCAAUGCCUCCUCAACAGACCUCUCCCACCUUACUGUAUUUUCUAAAUUUAUUACCAAUGGCAGCUGUUAUUAUAUAUUUUACAUCUACGUGGGACUUGCAGACAGCUUCCUCGCACUCGGUGUUAUUCGAGGACUGCCUCUGGUCCACACUCUUGUUACAGUCUCCAAAGACCUGCAUAAACGAAUGUUGCACUCAGUUCUCCAAGCACCCAUGACUGUCUUCAACCAAAUGAAAGCAGGCAGAAUUCUAAAUCGAUUCAUCAAAGAUACUGCCAUAAUAGAUGACAUGUUGCCACUCACCGCCUUUGACUUUGUGCAGUUGAUACUAAUUGUUGUGGGGGCCAUCUGUGUGGUAUCUGUGCUACAACCCUACACUCUAUUGGCGGCAAUUCCAGUGGCAGUUAUUUUCAUCAUGUUGAGGGCCUACUUCCUGCGCACGUCACAGCAGCUCAAGCAACUGGAGUCUGAAGCUCGCAGCCCUAUUUUCAGCCAUCUCAUCACAUCCUUGAGAGGACUGUGGACAGUAAGAGCAUUUGGACGACAGUCUUACUUUGAAACACUUUUUCACAAGGCUCUGAACCUUCACACUGCAAACUGGUUUCUCUACCUCUCAACACUGCGUUGGUUCCAGAUGAGGAUUGAUAUUGUAUUUGUCCUCUUCUUUAUUGCAAUUACUUUUAUCUCCAUAGCAACACACAAUGUCGGGGAAGGAAAAGUUGGAAUUGUCCUCACCUUAGCCAUGAACAUCACAAGCACUCUGCAGUGGGCUGUCAAUUCAAGCAUAGACGUGGAUAGUCUGAUGAGGUCUGUAAGUCGUGUUUUUAAAUAUGUUGACAUACCCCCGGAAGGAUUUGAAACCAAGGACCAACAUAAUCUCAACAACCCCUCGGAUGUGCUUGUAAUUGAAAACAAGUACCUCACCAAUGAAUGGCCAUCUGGAGGCCAAAUGAUGGUGAAUAACCUCACAGCCAAGUAUACCAAUGAUGGGCGCCCAGUGCUGCAGGACCUUUCCUUCUCUGUAAAUGCAGGACAACGGGUUGGACUGCUGGGACGGACAGGUGCUGGAAAAAGCACAUUACUUUCUGCUUUUCUGCGUCUCUUGUCUACUGAAGGGGACAUCCUGAUUGAUGGGAUAUCCUGGAAUUCAGUCUCCUUGCAGAAGUGGAGAAAAGCAUUCGGCGUCAUUCCACAGAAAGUCUUUGUGUUCUCUGGGACUUUCCGGAAGAACUUGGAUCCUUAUGAACAGUGGAGUGAUGAGGAGAUCUGGAAUGUCACUGAAGAGGUUGGCUUGAAAUCAAUGAUUGAGCAAUUUCCAGAUAAUCUUAACUUUGUUUUGGUGGAUGGUGGCUAUAUUCUCAGCAAUGGCCACAAACAACUCAUGUGUUUGGCUCGAUCCAUUCUCAGCAAGGCCAAAAUCCUACUUCUGGAUGAACCUACUGCUCAUCUGGACCCUGUAACAUUCCAAAUUAUAAGGAAAACGCUUAAACAUACAUUUUCAAAUUGUACUGUUAUACUCUCAGAACACAGAGUGGAAGCUCUACUCGAGUGUCAGCAAUUUCUGGUAAUUGAAGGAUGUUCAGUUAAACAGUUUGAUGCUCUGCAGAAACUUUUAACUGAAGCAAGCCUUUUCAAGCAGGUUUUUGGACAUUUGGACCGUGCAAAGCUAUUUACCACUCACAGAAGGAACUCGAGCAAAAGGAAAACACGGCCAAAAAUAAGUGCCUUACAGGAAGAGGCAGAAGAAGACCUCCAAGAAACAAGGUUAUAAAGCUACAAAGAACAAAAUGCACAAAAUACUCAUGAGCAGUUCCCAACAAAGAACUGUGACAACUGUAUCUACAGCACAGAACUCUUCAUUACUCUUAGAAACUGCUAGCUAAAUAAAGGUACCCUGAUCAAGGCUUUUAUCCAACCUUCAAGUAUUCUGGGGUCAAGAGUGUAAUUACAUAUCUGGAUUGAAGUUAAUCCAUAUUAUAUACUGGAUGACUGCACAUGGAAC